GAUUCAUAACCAUUUCAUUUCUCUACAAAACCCAAAAGACCAAAACAAAACAAAACAGUAUUUUAUUAGUUUACCAAAACUCUCUAAACUUCGUAAACAAAAAAAUGAAAAACACCAAUGUUUUCCUACUCACUGCAGCCUUGAUCUUCUCUCUACUUUCAAAUUCUCCAAUAUCAUCGGUUCUUGCUCAAAUCAAUACUCCAUGUUCACCAACCAUGCUCUCUAGUGCUACAGGGUGCAUGAGUUUUCUAACGGGAGGCGGUAGUUCUCCGACCUCAGAUUGUUGUGGUGCUCUUAAAUCGUUAACCGGAACCGGUAUGGAUUGUUUGUGUCUGAUUGUAACCGCUAGUGUUCCAAUCAAUCUUCCUAUUAACAGAACUCUAGCCAUCUCUCUUCCUCGUGCAUGUGGCAUGCCUGGUGUCCCCGUUCAAUGCAAAGCUACAGCAGCUCCUCUCCCUGCUCCAGGGCCUGCGUCUUUCAGUCCGACCACUUCUCCUGUAGAUUCGGAAGCUCCUGAUUCUGAAGGUCCGACCACUUCUCCGACAACUUCCCUAAAUCCUAAUGACGAGGAAAUUCCCGGAUCCGACGACAGAGGAAACCCGAACCGGUUCACU